GUACUAGGAUUGACUAUCUUGGCUUGGAGCAGCAGUAUUGGCGAUUUGAUAGCGGAUAUCUCUGUGGUGAGACAAGGUUACCCUCGAAUGGCAAUGGCUGCCGCGAUCGGUGGACCACUCUUCAGUGCUUCUAUUCCAGACUUUCUAAUUGGUUUUGGUGUUCCUUUCCUCAUAGCAACAGCUGCUGGACGUGCAGUCACGGUUAGUAUGGCAUAAUA